AUGACCCAUUACUUGACAAGGCUAUCCAGACCGGCCAGAGCUACACUAAGUGCCAGUCUAUUCGGCUUGGGUCUUUAUACAUACGAUUCCCGCAGCGAGGCUCAAGUGCUUACUCGAAAUGUCAGAACAUUUUAUAAUGGCAUCGCAUUGGCUGUGGACUACAAAUUAAACUUUAAGCCAGGACCAACUGAAGCAGACAAUCAGCGCAUAGAGGCUCUCCAUGAGCGAGUAGCCAAUCGCAUAUUCGACGUCUUUGAGAAAAAUGGUGGGCUGUAUAUAAAAAUCGGUCAAGUUAUUGGUACUCAGGCAGCGGUGCUACCACCAGCAUAUCAUCGACGAGCCAGAAAACUAUUUGAUGCUGCUCCGGCUGUAUCUUUUAACUCUGUAGAACGUGUGUUCAUGGAAGACUUUAACGGAAUGCACCCGAGUCAAGUGUUUGCAGAAUUUGAAAUGACACCUGUUGCUUCAGCAUCCAUUGCGCAAGUGCAUAAAGCCCGAUUAAAGAACGGAGACGUGGUUGCAGUCAAGAUACAGAAACCAACGAUACAGAAACAGAUGAAUUGGGAUUUACGUGCUUUCAGAAUCUUGCUCAGGGUUUAUGAGUACUUGUUUGAGCUGCCAUUGGCUUGGUCAAGCGAUUAUAUUGAAAAGCAUAUGCGCAUGGAAGCUGACUUUCAAACUGAAGCAAGAAACGCAAAAAAGGCAUGGGAGCACAUUCAGCAGGAGAAAUCACUAAAGGAUAAAGUAUAUAUACCAAAAGUAUAUGACGAAUACAGCUCAAAGCGAGUGCUUGUAUGUGAAUGGGUGGAUGGAAUACAGUUAACAGAUACCAAAUCAUUAAAAAGCAAAGGUUUAGACUAUAAAGAAGCUAUGAAGAUAUCAAUAGAAGCAUUUGCUAGUCAAAUAUUUAGAAGUGGAUUUGUUCAUGGUGAUCCUCACCCUGGCAAUGUCCUCGUGAGACAUAAUCCAAAAAACAAGAGACAGGUUCAAGUGGUUUUGAUAGAUCAUGGCUUAUACAUACAAGAGUCAGAGGUGUUUAGACAAGAAUAUUGUCAACUCUGGGAAGCUUUGUUUAUGCUAGACAUACCUCGAAUGACAGAGAUUUGUGAAAAAUGGGGCAUUCAUGAUGCAAAUAUGUUUGCUUCUAUUACUCUUCAACGUCCAUUUUCAGGGAAAAAAGCUGUAGAUCAGGAAAUAGACGUGAAAGAGAUGUAUGAGAUGCAGGCACACAUGAAGGAGCGAAUAAAGCAUUUCUUGAGUGAUCAAGGACUAUUCCCUAGAGAGCUCAUCUUCAUUUCAAGAAAUAUGAACAUUGUAAGAGCCAAUAAUAAAGCAGUGGGGAGCCCUGUGAAUCGAUUAAAUGUGAUGGCUAGAUGGGCCGUGCAGUGCACUAACGAAAAAGGUUCAUGGUUAAGCUGGCGAUCCAUUCUAUUCGAAACUACCUUGCUACUGAUGAAUCUCGGCUUCUGGCUGGUACGCGUGCGGGAUCAAUUCAAUAGACUCUUUUUUGGUUCUAAUGCAAAGGGUCUAGAAGACAUUUUGGACGAAAGAAUGAAAGAUGAGAUGUAUAGGCAAUUUGGAAUUAAAGUAGACCCAUCCGUGUUUGAAGGAUAA